AUGUCCGUCCUGGCCACGCAGCAGAGAGGACCCUGCCACCGCCCAAAGUCGAUUCUUGACAAUAGCCUUGCAUGGGUCGCUUCAGCAGCGCUGUCGACGGAUGCAAGUGAAGGUGACUUCGCAGCUCUGCGCGUGGCUUGAUAUCAGACGAGCGCGCACAAAGCUCUAGAUCACUCGGACCGCUGGCAUGGCGACAAGGUUUGGACUAGCGAUCCCGAGAUGUGUGCACACAACGUUGCACUUCCUUUUCCAUCUCGCUUGUGCGCUGGGCGUGGCGUCGCAACGGAAGAUCUGGAUGGUCUAGACAUUCUCGAAGAGUACUCGCGACUGCCCCUGCACGCUUUGGGAUACCUGCUGGUCAAGGCGCAUUUCGAAACAGCCAGCCACCCACGACAUUCCGACCCUCGCGAGCUCGCGAGCUCGACGGUCCAAAAAGCGCGAAUAUCAGGCUGUGCUGACCAUGUACAUUACACAAGAGGCUCUGAGAGGGUAUGAAGCUAUAAAAGCGAAGACCAGACUCGACAAGGAAUCACAACUAGCCAUCUCCAUCGAUCAUCCCUAG